AUGUCAGAAGCGAGCAAAUUCUGCAAAAAUUGCAAACGAGAUGUGUCUGCUGCCAAUUUCUCCCUCCAUGAGGCCCACUGCUUGCGAUUUCUCACUCUCUGUCCAGAAUGUGAUGAACCAGUUGCCCAAAAGGAUAUGAAAGACCAUCAAACAGAAGCACACAAGCAGGUCAGAUGUAAUCUUUGUCACCAAAGCAUGCAGCAAUACCAGUUGGAGCAUCAUGAGACCAAGGAAUGCCACAAACGAGCAAUGAAAUGCAAGAUCUGUGAGCUUGAAAUGCCCUUCAACAAGCUGCAGGAACACCUGAACACCUGUGCCAGCCGAACAGAGUGGUGUUGGGAGUGUAACAAAUACAUCAUGUACAAAGACCAGAACAAACACAAAGAUAUUUGUCAGAACAGUGGUCUGUCCUACCAUAAGGAUGUGAACUUUCAAACCAGUGAAGCAGUCACUAAUGCAACAUUUAUUUGCCCCACUGGUACUGGUGGCAAUCUUUGUCGGCAGUGCAAUGAGUCAUUCCCAGAUGACCAAUACUCCCAACAUCUGAAUAAAUGCAGUGCAGCCCAUAAGCUGACAAAAGUUCUUGCUGGCCAGUCAACUUCAAAACUCAGCAGUGAUCCACCACCGUCAUCUUCUUCCCUGGCUCCCUCUUCUUGCUCCGAGAAUGCAAAGGCAUGGAAAGAUGUCCGUCCCAAAGGGAAAGAAGGGGACCAGCCAUUGACCUCCAAAACCUUGCUUAAACCCCCAAAGAACAAAAAGAUUGGCUUUCCCUCUCCCACAAGAGGAGGACUUUCCACAUCACCUCAAGACCUUAAAGACACUCAGUCUUUUGACAUGCUGGUGACCUGUGCCCAUUGCAACAUUCUUCUGCCACUUCCAACCCUUCGGAAACAUGAGGUCAAAUGUCUAUGUUUGACAUCUUUGAAAAAUGCUAGAAUGAAACAAAAAUCAAGCCAUGGAGAAAAAG